AUGGGCAGCGUUCGGGCAUUAGCGCAGAUCAGUCAUUGCGCUUUUAAACGCGAUAUAUUCCUAACAAUAUCACUCAUUAUGUUGAACUGCUAUCGGUAACAUGAACCGGACCGACCACAACACCGAGCGAAACGACAUUUCCAUGCGUUAAACGACAAAUGUUUUCAUUUAGCAAAAGCGGAGAAGCGCUAGUGAUGAACGGGAUGUGUUUGGGAUUUUUGCCGUGUUGUCUGGCGAUCGUCUGUGGAAACCGAAAGCGAUUAGAACGUGCCAAAGCUCAUUGAGAGUUUGAUGGAGUUUCUGUAAAGGGUUCAAGGACAAUCAAAGUCAAUUUCGUCUUUUUCAGUGAUAAAGUAGAUGAUGUUUGACUGCAUGGAUGUUUUAUCGGGACACAUGCUGGAGUUUUACUCUUCCAGUCCUUCAUCAUGUAUGUUACAGGAGAAAGCGCUGAGCGCGUGCUUCAGCUGGCAUCAGCGCCGCACCAAACAAUCCAUUGAGACUCAGAGCACCAGUUCUGAGGAGUUGGUUCCUAGUCCCCCAUCUCCUCUUCCUCCUCCACGAGUCUACAAACCCUGUUUUGUCUGUCAGGACAAGUCCUCGGGGUACCACUAUGGUGUCAGCGCUUGUGAAGGCUGCAAGGGUUUCUUUCGCAGAAGCAUCCAGAAGAACAUGGUGUACACAUGUCACAGGGAGAAGAACUGCAUUAUCAACAAGGUGACGCGAAACCGUUGUCAGUAUUGUCGCCUGCAGAAGUGCUUUGCUGUGGGAAUGUCCAAAGAAUCUGUUCGGAAUGACAGGAAUAAAAGGAAGAAGGAGAUUCCAAAGCAGGACUUAACUGAGAGUUAUGAACUGACCGCAGAGAUGGAGAUCGUAAUUGAGAAGAUAAGAAAAGCACAUCAGGAGACAUUCCCUUCACUCUGUCAGCUGGGCAAGUACACCACGGUAUGA